AUGGCCCAGCGUCGUCAGCAUUCUUCCAAGGCCAGCGACAAGAAGUCUGCUUCCAGCUCCGACAGUGCCCACAACUCGUCCGACGACGAGCACGGUCAUUCCCACUCACACUCUCACUCAAUAUUCGGUCACUCUCAUUCACAUGAAGGCCACGGCGAUGCUGAGAGCAUCAUAGCUGCGCUCGAGGGAAAAGGCGACAGAGGGAGUCGAGUAACACUCAUGGGACUGGGAUCCAAUAUUGGUCUUACUCUAAUCAAGGGCGUCGCCGGUUGGUACCUGCACUCUGCUUCCCUCUUGGCAGACGCAGGACAUUCUCUCAGCGAUAUGCUCGGAGACUUUGUCACGCUCGUGUGCUGGAGACUUUCGCGAAGACCACCAUCAGAACGGUACCCUUAUGGCUUUGCAAAGUUCGAAACGCUCGGCGCGUCGACGAUGUCGCUCCUUCUGAUUGGAGGCGCCCUUGGCAUCGGGUUUCAUUCGUACCACCUUCUGAUAACUGCUCUUGCAGAAACCGCGUCGACCAUGCCCACUGGCGCUCUGCAGGAAGUGCUGAACAAUGUUACUUUUGUAGUGCCAGUACCUGAAGUCUUGAUGCAUCAUGAUCACGUCCAUGCGGUAGAUCCAAACGCGGCAUGGUUCGCUGCACUCAGUAUAUGCGUCAAAGAGUGGAUGUACAGACUGACCAAAAAGGUGGCAGACGAAGAACAUAGCCCAGUUCUUCUGGCCAAUGCCUACCACCAUCGGAGCGACGCCUACUCGAGUUUAGUAGCGUUGUUCGCCAUUCUGGGAACUUGGUGGUUUCCCGCUCUGCCGUUAGAUCCUAUUGGAGGUCUCCUUGUAUCCAUUGUCAUUCUUAGACAAGGUUUGAGCCUUCUUGCGGGUUCAUGGUCGGACCUUACGGACGCUAGUGUUUCCGCGAAGACCCGACAUUCUCUCAAGCAUACGCUUAAUCCACUCCUGGAGCCCUCAUCGUCACCUGCCCUAUUGGCAGUGCGCCACCUUCGUGCUAGACAUGCCGGUUCAUUAGUUUACGUCGACCUCAUUGCUGAUGUACCCAGCUCCCUCAGCGUCCUUCAAACUGCCUCCCUAGAGGAAAAGAUAUCACAAACUCUGAUGCAAGCAAGAAAGGAAGUAGCAGAAGUAAGAGUCAAGUUCAAUCCUGUCGAUACUUAG